GUUUGUUUGUGUGUGUAUGAGAGAGAGAGAAAGUGUUUGAGAGUGUGUGUAAGUGAGUUAACCAUUAAUGCUAUUUAGACUGCUUGUAAAUGAGAUGAAGUAAACAUAUUUUAAUUAUUUUAACAUGAAGUGUUUGAUUGUGUUGAAUUAAAAACCCAAACCUGCAGCGGGUCCACUAGACCACCCAAGUAACAAAAAUUUGAACACCACACAAGGGUUAGUCAGGGGUGGGAAAGAAUGGGAAACAUGACUCACCAGUGUUCUGAGGUUAAGAAAGGAAAGUUAUACUUUCUGCAUCUGCCCAGCACAAAAUAAAUUCCUAUUAUCUUUAAGGCAGCUGCAACUGAGGAGAAAGAGAGAUUUCUCCACUGUACACUGUUAUGAAAGAAAUACACAUAUGAGUUCCAACUUUGUCAGAUUUUAUGUCUGACGGUGUUGACUUAAACCAAUUCCUGUUACAAAUUAUUACCGUGCAUACAGGUAUAAAAGGGAUGUGGCAAUGGCCAUUCACUCAUCCUUAAGGCUGAGGAACCUGAGAGAUAUCUCCUGAUCGUUGCAGCAGGUCGGCGAAGCGUUGUGGCAUGAAGACACAAUGUCUAGUUCCCUACAUCAAGGAACGGAUUUUACAGUUGUAACCAAGACGUUCCCCUUCUGUCGGUCUCUCAACGUUUUGUUGAGAGACAGAAUGGGGACUUAUCUUUACACGCCACGGCGCUGAGCCAUAUCACAACCUCAAGAGGAGCGACACUGAUUAGACAAGCGAGUCACAAGUGUGCGCUACUGCGAGUGGAAUCAUCCAGUAUAAUCAAUAAUUAGAAGAAUACCCUGAGAGGAUAGUAGUGACGGCUGUCACGGACAGUGGCAUUCCUCUCUAUUAGCGAGACGCCGCCUGGUGCCGUAAGGAACACUGGGGAAACAAUGCUCUCCUCGUUGAAGAGUGUGUUAUGGAGGCCACAUCCUACCACAAGGGGAGGUUACCUGUGGAGACACCAACAUGGUCUCAAUGGUGGGGAGAACAACAUGUGAAAAAAUGCGUCAGCCCGAGUGGGGGGACAGAACCCAGGUGGGGAGCUCAACGGAGGGGAGGUCACAGGUUCAUCGACAGGGGAACCAAGAGUGAGGAAUUCAACAUACGGGAUGACCCUGCAGGGAUGUCACUACGUAUGGGGCAACAAUCCGAGCAUAGAGUUCAACCUGAGCAGGGGCAACUCUAGCAGUACUGGGCUUGGUUGAAACAGACCAAUCCGCUUGGUUGAAACAGACCAAUCCGCCCGGUCUUUAACCACAAUUGCCAAUGCUUAGUGAAGAAUGGAAUGCCUAUUCUUCGCCCUACGGGGGGAAGUAGGGAAACUAAAAUAGAACGCUAGAAUAGCCUGGAGAGGCGAGAAGGCGCUUUAGCAGGCGUACGCCCAACUGAGUUAACGACCUUAUAUGCCGGUGGUGUGUAAGACACAGGGUGACACUGUUUCCACGUGGAGAUUAUAAAACCCCGCAAAGGUACUGGGCGUAGCCAAACCCGCAGGACUAUAUAUAUGUCUGCCAGAGAGGUGCCUUGAGCUAGUGCCCACGAGAAGGCUAUACCUCCAGUGGAGUGGGCUCUCACUGCAAGCGGGCAUGGGCAAUCCAUGGACCGGUGUGCCAAAGCAAUGGCAUCCACAAUCCAGUGGGGCAAUCUUUGUUUGGAGACAGCCUUCCCCUUGUGCUGUCCCUCAAAACAGACAAUCAGUUGGUUUUGGCAGUCUGUUUUGUCUAUGCGUUUUUGUUUUUCGCUAGGUUUGAUUUGUAUUUUAAUUCAAGGAGUUUUAUCACUGCCUGUUUAUGAUCGACAAGCACUUUGAAAUAAAUUCCAAAAUGGAAUUCAACAAGGAUAUACUAUGCUCCCCCGUCCUUACCUGGAUCGAUCCCUGCAUAUCUUCGCCGGAGGCCUCGUAGUCUACCUGGGCUGAGGCGUCGAAGAGGGCGUGGAAAGCGAGGUGGUGUGGCCGUCAAACUCAAACUAGUGUCGAGGGCUCAGUGGGAGCAGCAAUCUUUUAGCCGGGAAAUUGUUGGAAAUCUGAGUAUUUGCUGGCGUUCCCAUGAACCAGUGUACGGGUGGAUUGUUCUCGUCAGUGAUAAAUUACGUCCUGAGAACUGUGGAUACCGGAGUUUGGUCGUCCUUGUGCUCUUGGAUUUAAAGGGGUCAUUUGACUCGGCUAAAACAAAUAUUAUUGUUUGCUUUAGAUCUAAUACAAUAUGUAUACAUAAUUUAAGGUUAAAAAACGUUGUAUUUUCAUCAUACCGUGCAUGUUUGUAUCUCCUCUUUGCUCUGCCUCUUUGAAACACGCUGAUAUUUUACAAAGCUCAAUGCUCUGAAAAGCGAGGAGUGCUAUGAUUGGCCAGGUCACUAGUGUGAAGUGAUUGGUCGAAAACUGCACGGAAAUGUAACUCCUCUUCAAAUAUUUUCGGAACAUCAGGCUAUGCCGGCGACGGUACAAUGAGAUUUACAAGACCGCGCACAUUACUAGUCAAAUCACUCCACGAGCUGACAUCAAGUUGUGGUUACAAGAGGUGUUUCAGGCAGGUCUGGGUGAGCAUUCGCUUCUAGAUAAAAUACAUACUUUGUUCCGACACUUACAUUUUUACAAUUUCACGUGUCUAAUACAUGCAUGGGAAACUUAUAACACACAAAAGACAAAGAAUAUCAAGUACUUCCGGCAAAUGACUCCUUUAAGCGCUGCCUUUGACACAGUUGAUCAUUCUGUCCUGUUGUCCCGUUUGGAGAAAUGCGCUGGUGUCAAAGGGAAAGCCUUAAACUGGUUUCAGUCCUUCCUUGAAAAUAGAACUUUCUAAGUGAACAAUGGGAAAUCUGUAACUUGUACAGUUGUCAGGAUACGGGAAGAGAGAACCCAGGUGCAGGCAGUAGAGAAGGGGUAACAAGCAAGACUUUAAUAUAAUAAUAAACAAAUCACCCACGAUGAGGGAAAACUAAACUAAGGCAGUGUACAAUAAAACAAAACACUUCCCACGUGGGGGCAAAACAUAAGGACAAGGUCAAUAGUAACACUCACAACUAGAAAUGUACAUUUUCUGAAGAAAAUGUGAGUGGUGCUUCGUGCCAAACUGCGGAACUGGGCACUCACUAGGGUGAUGACACAUGAAGGCAAGAAAGAGUCGAUCUCCAGGAGCAGGAUUGGUGACCACUGCUCUAGGCUAUGAGUGAAAUUAACCAAUCCUAAUGUCUCUACGAUGUUCUGAGGCUUAGAUAUAGGUAUUGCUAAACGGUUUCUAGGCUAACAUGUUUGGUUGCUAUGGGAGUAGCUUAGCAGCUGCCAGUUUAGAUACGCUAGGCUAUGAGUGAAAUGAACCAACCCCCAUGUCUCUACGAUGUUGUGAUGCUAAAAUAUAGGUAUUUCUAAACGGUUGCAAGGCUAACCUGUUUGGAUGCCUUCGUAACGUAAUGAAGUUCCUGGGAUACUGAUUGGUUGACUAAGUCACUCCGCCCAAUCCCCUUGUCUCUAUGACACUAUGCUGCAGAGAUAUCCACCUGGUUCAUUAUAAUGGGACGGUUGCUAGGUUGCUGUAAAUGGUUGCUAGGGGCGUGGCAUCAUAGCGUCAUGAUGACAUUGUGAUACUGAUUUGUUGCCUGAGUCAAAUAAGCCCUCCCCUUUGUCUCUAGUUGUGUGAUUGUACUGUGGUGAUAUUCAAUACAGGACAGUUAUGAUAGUUGUGAUGACUUAUAUGGCCAUGCUUCCUGCCCAAUGUUAAGUCAAUGGGGAACUUUUGGGGGCUCUUACACCCCAGGGGAACAACUUACACCCCAAUGUGAUGAUGUUCUUACAGAGGCUGAUAUGCUCCUGAAAUGUGGUAACACUCUUGUUUUGGUGUUUUUUUGCCCCGAAAAUCGAAAUUCCCCCCCGAUCGCUUAUAAAAGUCAUAGCACAUUAUUCCCGUAUAGGCCGGUCGAUUUGAGCCCUCAUCUGUCGGCCUACAACAAAAGCUUCGGGACAAGUACCGUGCCGAAAUUUUGGCAGAAAAAGAAGAAGAAGCAGGAGAAUAGAAGUAUGCACAACAAUAAUACUGAUGCUUUUACAAAGCACACCUAAUUAACAUCCAGACAAGGGGCAAGGUAAUCAACAAUGAAGGGUAACAGGAACACGAGCAGGGCAAUAGCAAGAAAAAAGGCGAACAUGCAUACAAGCACAAGUAAGCACAACAAACGAGCACAGGACAAUUGACAUUAGGAUAUUAUACAGGGAGACUAACAAAGGAGGAUAACAAUGGGCGGGUGUGGGUAAUGAGACACAGGUGGAAAGCUAUACGAGGAAUGAGAGGAGCGGGACCAAAGACGAGACCAGAGAGAACGCAUAUUAAGUCAUGAUCGACAAUAGUAUUUUUCUCUCCACUCAAAACCAAAGGCUUUGUCAUGACUUUGCCAAAAGACCAAGAAAAACAGGUCAUGAUGAGGCAGAAUCAUGACAACAGUGCCACUUACGAGUGGAAUCCCCCAGGGUCACAUUUUGUCUCCAAUUUUAUUUUCCAUCUAUAUGCUGCCAUUAGGUUCAAUUGUCAAGAAAUAGAACAUUUAAAUUCACUGCUAUGCAGAUGACACUCACAUCUACCUCCCCGUAAAAUAAGAUAAACACUGUUUGGACUCUCUUCUAGCCUGCCUUAACAUGUCUGAUCGUAUUGCUUAAUUGUACAGCACAUUUUUCAACAGCUGUUGUUUUAAAUAGUGCUUUUAUACAUAAAGUGACGUUAACAUUUCAUCUGAAACACAUUUUUUACUGUUACUACAGAAAUAUACAACUCCUUUAAUAUGUCUUUAUAUCUUAACUAUACCAAUGUUAACAUUUGACUUGUUAGGUCAAAAUAUUUAUUUGAUUGUAUACAAACAAAAUCUCCACAAUCAAACAAAACCUUCCUUAUUCCUCUUCUUAAGAAUCUGUUAUUUAUUACUGAAUUAACAAGGAAGGAAAGUAAAAACCUUCGACGUCACUGUGGUGUUUGUGUUUGACUGGCCAACAGCACCACACCCAAUGAUGAUGUAAAAAUUGUCAUGAUUUAUUCACUUUUAGAACUCUAUAAAGUGUCUCAAGUUCAGUCGCAGUGAUUUGUAUCGUUAUUGUUGAUUUCUUUGCUGUUGAGGUUUCAGGAUUCUACAGGAACAGCAUUCGCUAUUACAGAAUAAAAGUUGUGAGAUGAAAGCAUUUAAACUCCAGGAGAGUGGUUCCUGCAGCAGUGAGGUGAGAAUCGGACAUUCACUGAACACAGAGGAGAAAGAGUUUAUAGCCCGAAGAGAACAGACUGUUCAAGAAAGCCUGAAGACGCUUGGGAUACCAUGUCAGGAUAAAGUGCCAAAGAUCGCACUGUUGGGUUCUGGAGGAGGAGAACGAGCCAUGCUGGGUUUACUGGGAUCUCUGGAUGGAUUUAAAGAGACGGGUCUUCUGGACUGUGUUCUCUAUCUGAGCGGAGUCUCUGGAUCCACCUGGUGUAUGGCGUCUUUAUAUCAGGACUCAGACUGGUCCACUAAACUGGACUCAGUGAGAGAGAAGAUCAUCCAGAGACUCAAGGGUCCUGCUGUGAGCUGGAGUGAAACGUUCUCUAAACUGAAAAAAUAUUACCAUGAGAAAGACCUCUUCAGUUUAACUGAUGUUUGGGCGGUGCUGAUCGUCACUUCAUUUGUGAAAGAGAUAGAUGAACGCACAAUUUCAGAGAAGCAGGGACACAAUGAAAAAGACCCAUUUCCUAUUUUCACAGUGAUUGACAAGGAAUGCAAACAGCUUAAGAAAGAAGAUCCCUGGGUUGAGAUAACACCAUAUGAAGCCGGUUAUUCUCUCACUGGAGCGUUUGUGGACGUCUCAAGAUUUGGCAGUCAGUUUGAGAAAGGCUCUAAGAUAAAGGACCAGCCUGAGGUGGACAUGCUCUACCUGCAAUCUCUGUGUGGCAGUGCUCUGGCAGAUGAACAAAACAUAUGGGAAGCGAUUAAAGAUUUCUUCAAAAACUUGUUUCAAAGAAAAGAAGAGAAUUUGGUGGAAGUGUGGAACGAGAUCCCCUCUUCAUCUAUAGAUGAUGCCGGUCAGAUUCUCAUGGAUCUUGUGGAAAUGAAUCUCUUGACAUUGAAAGGCAAAGACACUUCUGAUCUCGAUAAAACCAUAAGAACAAAACUGUUGGAAUUGUCCGGAGGUAAAACGCAGUUGAUUUUUCCAGUGGAAAAGCCGGAUAAGUCAGAAACUAAACUGUAUAUGAAGCAGUUCACCCUGGAUGUUUGUGACAAUAUGGGGGUUACCGUCAGUUUCUGGCCAUUUGAUAUGUGUUACGCCAUCUGUAAGUGCGUGGUUCAAUGGAUCUGGGGAAGAAAAUACAAUUGUCUCUACAAUAUGAAAGAUGGAAGACUGCCUUCUAUUCUUGUGGAAAGUGAAAAGAGAGACUAUGAAGAUGCCGGUCUGUUGCUCAACUCACCCUACAUGUCAGUGCUGAGACAAGAGAGAGACAUUGACCUCAUCAUUUCUCUGGACUUCAGUGACGGAGAUCCUUUCAUGACAGUGAAGGACAUUGCUAAGAUAUGCAAGCGUCAGAACAUCCCUUUUCCUGAAGUCAUUGUACCCAGUGGGGACAUUAUAAUGCCGAAGGACUUCUAUGUGUUUGAAGGAUAUACGAAAGCACCGACCGUGAUACACAUCCCUCUCUUCAACACAGUGAACUGUGGAGCAGAUAAAGUUGAGGAGUGGAGAAAGAAAUAUACCACCUUUCAACUUUCCUACAGGGCUGAACUGAUCGAUCCUCUUCUUGAAGUUGCUGGCAAAAACAUAACAAACAACAAAGAGAAACUGUUGGAAGAGAUUCGAAAGAUCAUGAAGCGUUAACACGAUUACAUUUAAUACACAACUGAUGACAGUCUAAAUAUAGACUCAUCUGAAUAUACAACAGUCAUUUUAUAAUCAUUAUAUCAGCACAUGGCUGUGUUUUAUUGAAAAAGUAAAAUGUAACAUUUAAAACUUAAUGUUUAAAUGAUGUGUUAAAAAAGAUUUGCUCAGUAAAAGUAUUGUGGUCAGCAGUCCCUGUAUUUCUUUUUACCAACUAAAGCCAGUGUCCGCUGUAACACCUAACAGGGAACUUAACUAAAUGUAAAUAUGAAGAGAUUGGUUCCAAAAUGAGAUGGAAAAUCAUGUUUUUUUUAUGUGCAUUAAUAUCAAUCAAACUUUAGUUGGUUUGUUUUGAUUUAAACCAUAAGAAUCUUCAAAAAUACAGCUAAUUUACACAAUAAAACACAAUGAAUAUAUGAUAACAGUGAGAAUUUAGGUUUGCCUGUGUCCCACACCUAGUGUCCCACACUGUUUAAUGCAUUAUAUCCUGCUUAUUAUGUUCAUCACGUAUAAGCUGAGAAUUACGAUUUGAAGUGUUUGUACCCGAUAUCAGUAUGUUCCAGAUGUUAAGAACAAGGAACUAACGUAGUGCUAACCUUAGCAGAAAAUACUAACGUUGAGGUCUUGUAAUUUUCCAUGUAACCAAGUGUCUGAAUCAGAGCAUUACCUCACUUCCUCAUUUAUUCUCAUAUAUUGGACCUGUCCUUAUUAAACAUUGGACUGCU